AUGUCCGAUAACCCAUUGAAGCAGAUUCUCACCGGUGAGCAAUUCAAUGAAUUGGUAAAGUUCUACGAUGCAGACCAAAAGCUAGACCACAGCGACCGUGUAGCACUCGCAACGCAAUUGCAAUCGCUUGCAAUCAAAGCCAACCUCGUGGGCUAUACUUCGGGUAUGGUGGGUUUUUUUUUGCCCACGGCUUACAUCCGUCUCUUCAACAGACCCACCCCCACCCCAUUUUUUUUCAUUCAAAUGCCCUUUAUCUCGUUAAUCCUCGGCUUUGGCACCUUGUUAGCUGGCAAUAGCGCCACGGCAAACUACUGCUACAAGAAAGUCGCCGAGGACCCCAAGGCGUUGCCCAAUGCGCCAACGCAUCAAAUGUGGAACUUGAUGAAGAAUCAAAACUUGGGCGCUUUCACUUUAUAUUAUUCGAGAACGGCGGUGAACCCCAUGUACAUCAUUCGCGAUCCGAGAUUAGCUACGAAUGACUCGUACAUUGACGAGAGGUUGAAGGGCAAGUCCAACCUUCACUUUUCGCAGGGUGCCAGCUUGGGCACUGUUGAUCAGCUGGGCAAGAACCACGAUUUGUCGCUCUUGGAUAAGGUCAAGUUGCAUCAUGGUUUCGAGGUCAAGUAG